AACUGACGUGGAUGACUUAACAAACGGACAGCGCCGACACAAAUAAACCAAAUCCUAACUAAUUUGAACACCAAAAUCUCUCAGAUCAAACUAAUGUGAUUACGAUAUCUGUUUCCAUUUUUGCAAUUGAAGAUCGAGUGUUUCGAUGGAGGAUUCGAGUUGUUCAUCAGUUCCAGCAUGAUUAUCAGGUGAUUCGGAUGGCUUUUAGCUGUGAUGGUUUAGGGUUUUGCUGUAGCUUCGCCUGUAUGGUUAAGAUUUAUGACUAAGAAUCUAAGAUUUAUGACACUUAUCAAUCAGUAGGUUCUACACCUCAUAUAUUGUAUAAAAAGUUCUCUAAAGAUCAAGCUUGGUAGCUUAAAAAAUAAUGGGAGACUCAUUUCACAAUCAUGUUCCAUGUCCAACAAGCUCUGAACCAUCAAAUUCCAAAUUAACUUUGGUUGCUUCUUGCUCCAAGUCUCUUUCCCACAAAUCAUUAAAACAAAUACCUGUUUUUAACAAUGGGAGAAUCAGAAAAUCACACGUGAAUGACAUGGCAUUGUUUUUACUUAAAGUUGGUGCCCUAGAGACAGUAAGGAGAUUAUCAAAGCACAGGUGUCCUUUUAUAUGGUCCAGUUUGCAAACUUUACAAGUUUUCUGCUACCCACCACUUAAAUGGCUCCAAAGAUGGAAACUUUUUGGGAAUUUGAUUAAAGGGAUGCAGAUGUUGUCAAGACCAUUACUAGUGCUCUCUAUUGCAACAACUUUCUCAAAUCAUUCAGAACAAAACAAUCUUGAUUCAGAUGAUAUAGAAAUAGUAGAUUCAGAUGGAAGCGAUUAUCAUGGUGUUCAAGAUUCACAUCCUGAAUUGCCUCCUACACAAUCCAUUAGGGUUGAUGAUGAAGUUCCAUCAUCUACAAAUUGGUUAAUUGAUCUUUAUAAAGAGCUUGACAACCAGGGUCUUCAUUUACCUGAAAGAAUAAACGAGGAUGAGCUUCAUAGGUUCCAUUAUGCAGCAAAUGGUGAUUUUUCAAGUUUGGUUACAUCAGUCAAGAAGUCAAUACAAUGGAGAAAAACAUAUAAAAUUCUUUCACAAGAAGAACUCGAGGCAUGGGCAAAUAUGGUAUUUUGGCAUGGAACUGAUGUUAAAAACCGCCCAUGUCUCAUUGUUCGUCUAGUUGCGUGCAUCCACUUGCCACCCAGUGAAAGACCCCGUUUCUCACAAGCAAUCAUAUCUCAGGUAGAACAUGGGAUGCUACAUCUAGUAAAUGCUGAAAAUCCUGAGGUAACAGUAUUGGUGGAUUGUGAAGGAUUAUCUCUAAGAUUCCCAAUGCAACUACUUAGAUCAUGUUCAAUUACUCUUCAAGAAAACUACCCAAAUCGUUUGGGCUGUUUGUUUAUUAUUCGACUUCCUCCUGUUGCUAGAGUUAUUGCACAGACUUUCAUUCAAGUUUUGAAACCCGCAACGAGACAAAAACUUAAAAUAAUAGGGCGAAUGUACAAAAAUGCCCUUGAGGAGUACCUGAGGACAUUUCCAUCGUAUCUAGGUGGCGAAUGUGGGUGUUGUAGAUGUGUAAAGGUUGGGAACUCGCAUUUGGAGAUUAAUGAAUUUAAUGAAGAAGGGUUAAAUGUGGAGAGAGUGAGAAGUGAAGGGGGGUUUGAGAAUAAUUAUUAUGAGUUUGGUGAUGUGAAUGAAGGUUGUGAGAGGGUGUUGAGAUCUGCUGUGGUCGGGAUUUUGAUGGUGUGGGCGUUAAUUGCUCUUAUUGCUGGAAUACUUGACCCUGAAACUCGUCCUGGUUUACAAGUUUGAGGAAUUUGUAUUUUUAUUAGAUGUGAAUAAAUUGUAUUAACUUAUAGUAUGAUUUAUAUAUGUCCUUAUUGUAGAUUUAUGUAUACCAAUCGAGUGUAUCUUCUCAACGAAUGUAUGUAUCCUAACUACAGUUCUUGUUUUGUAAGUGUGUUUAUUUAAAAUUUAGUAUAUGGUUUUAUCAACAA